AUGAAGGACUCUGAUGCGCCAGCGUUGGCUCUGGCCGGGACAACUACAACCGAGCAAAUCACCACCAAAAAUACAUGGAACACCAAGAACUUGACAUCACGACUCGGCGCUGAUUUCCUUUCGGCUGCGAGCGCUGCAUCCAUGGUUGCGCCUCUCAUUGCUAUCAUUGACCGCUCCAUCAUGGAAAAUGCUUCAGGCGCAAACACUCUCGUCAACUCUGUUAAAUCCUCCCUCCGAACUCUCAUCACACGCCCUCACACUCUUCUCUUCUCAAAACCUACAGCGCUCAUUUUCUGCCUGUACGGAGGUACAUAUCUUACCGCCAAUGCUGUCGACACAUCCUUCUCGACCGUCAACAAUAAGCCUGCCUCGAGUGUGACGGCCGGAACGACAAAAUUCGCUGCCUCGAGUGCUGCCAACAUUGGUGUCUGCAUCUACAAGGACCAGGUCUUUGUGCGCAUGUUUGGUCCCCCCGGAGUAGUCCCCCGACCUGUACCUAUGGCUUCGUAUGGUCUAUUUGCGCUGCGCGAUUGCAUGACCAUUUUUGCGUCAUUCAACGUCCCGCCUUUACUGGGCCCUAUUUUGGACGAGAAGUUCUCUGCUGAGAUGAAGAAGCGAGUAUCCGGGCUCUACGCGGCGCAGUUCAUGGCGCCUGCCAUGGUGCAGUUCAUUUCUACACCUAUGCAUUUGUUUGGUCUUGAUCUCUACAACCGUCAAGCGACAGGCCCUGGAGGUGCAGUGGUAUCAUUAAGAGACCGAUUGGAUCUUGUGCGCCGAAAUUGGUUCAUCAGCUCCAUUGCACGAAUUUGUCGAAUUGUCCCUGCGUUUGGUAUUGGCGGUGUCGUCAACAUGAAAGUGCGCAAGAACCUCAUGACCAAGCUAGAGUAA